AUGGCAUUGAUGAAGAAGAGAUUAGGUGCAGUGAAAUCAUCAUCAAACAAAAAUCAAUUAGUAGUUGGUGAUGGUGGACUAGGGUUAGGAUUAAACUGUGAUAAGUACAAGAAAGGAUGUGGGAAAAAGAGGGGGUUGAUUUCUGGUGGCAAGAAUCGAGAGCUUGAAGCCCUUCCUCAAGAUAUUCUGAUAAGGAUUAUAUGUAGAGUGGAGCAUGGAGAUUUAAAACAGCUGUUUAACGUGUCAAAGACUAUAAGAGAAGCUACAUUGGUUGCGAAAAAAUGGCAUUUUGAAUACAGCACACCAAGGAAAACUCUGUUUUUCCGGGAUGAGCUUGAUCAUUUGGGAGAUGAGAUUGAAGUUCCAUUGAAGAAAAAAUACCGGCUUUCCAGGAUAUCCUGCGAAAGGAAAACUUCUAAAAUCUCAGUGGCUCUUUUCAAAUGA